UAAAGUUCCCACGACCUGGAUUACAUUCUGAACGAGAUUUAAUAUGUCUCACAUGAGCCAUGGUCGAUUCUAGGAGCGGAUACAUUUCCUGACGGGGAGCAGAUUUUCCUUCACAGUCCCACCGAGCUCUCUCUCUCUCUCUCUCUCUUUUUUUUUGUGGGCGGACUGACAUCGGAUCCGCGGGUCUGAUCGCGCGUGGACGCGGCUCGGUCGCUUCUCAUUCCGGUCACUUUAGAACAUCUGGCGCUGGAUGUUAAACCGCUUUUUUUCGGGGAGCUCUAACUGUUUUGGCCAGUGAGUGAUGGAAUGAGGCUGUGAUAAAGUGUACCCCUCUAUAAGGGAAUUUACACAUCUCCUCACAGCUCUGCUGUAGGAUGCAGGGAUGAUGCCCGUUCGGCGUAUGAAAGCUCAGCCACACGUGUGGCCAUUGAGCACCGAGCCUCCUCCAUGGGUAUGGACAAUGCCAAAUGCUGCAGGACUGUGCAGUCUGAGCUCCACUCCUCAUGCGUCCCUCCUUACCUCUACUCGACCUCCUCCUCCUCUGCGUGCUGUCACGAGCUGGCAGCUCUCCUGUGAUCCAUUCUUACCGCCACUCAUUAGCCCACUUCCAGUGCCAAAUAUUCAGUGGGAGCUUACAUCUAGGCCUCCCAUGCUGGGAUUUCAGCCUCCUGCGAGUGUUGAUCUGGUCCCCGUGUUCCCCAUCGUGUAUCGUACUGUACUUCACCCACACUACGGCAAGUCUUGGCUGGAAAAACGCACGCCUGACUACAAGGUUUAUCUAAACAAUGCUUUGGAGACCUGGAUUGGGCCGGAGGAAGUGGGAAUUUUUCAGCGCCAGGAAAAGCCAGUCCUAAUGACUAACCAAGUGGCGAUGAGCAUAUCGAGGCCAGCAGCUGCCUCCAGGAAUUUCCACACUUUGCUUCUGACACCCAGGCGCAUAUCAGGGUGUCCAGUAGCCAUAAAACGUGUUCGGAGCAACAAACGGGUGGCUCUGACAACAGCUGCGGUGAUGACUAUGGAAUCAGAAAUGGCCCAGAGGCCAUCCGCCUCCUCAUCUCGCCCUCUUCACCUGUUCUCACUGUCACCCAUUAAGAUCCCACUUCUGACACCCCCUAACCCUGGAGCUCGAGGCUCAUGGGAAGGUCUGCUGAGUCCUGUUUUGCCCACACAAUUCACUGCUGUGAGGUCCUUCUCUGCCCCUUCUGUGACCCUUCUGACUGGUAACUGGAAAGAUAAAAAGACUCAAGAAAAGAAACUGGAAGUGAGGAAGCCAUCAUGCACAGGAGCCUUAGUACUACACUCUGAUUCAACUUCAGAGGACAAAAUUGAGGAUGAGCAGUUUAAGAUUAGCAUGGAUAUCGACAGCUCUCCCAAAGACAAACGGCCAGUUGCAUCCACCCCAGUGCCGGGCUCGCCAUGGUGUGUGGUUUGGACAGGAGAUGAUCGAGUUUUCUUCUUCAACCCCACCAUACAGCUGUCUGUAUGGGAAAAACCAGUUGAUCUAAAAGACCGGGGAGACCUCAACAAAAUCAUUGAAGAUCCUCCCCAUAAACGCAAGAAGGACUUGUCAGAGGAUGGCUCAAAUUCCUUCUCAGCUGAUAGUGAGGAUGAAGAUGAUGAAGGAGAUCAUCUUUUAAAAUCAAAACGCAACAGAUUGGAAGAGCCAUCUAGUCAUUCUGCGUCUGUCAGUGAGGAGCAGAAUACAGAAAGGUGCACCGCUUCCAAUCAGAUGGUCCUACCACUCGAACUGCGGAUCACGCACUUCAGAGAUAUGCUCCUGGAGAGAGGGGUGUCUGCAUUCUCAACAUGGGAGAAAGAAUUACACAAGAUUGUGUUUGAUCCCCGUUAUCUGCUCCUGGGGCCAGAGGAGAGGAAGCAGAUUUUUGAUCAGUUUGCCAAAGCCAGGAUUAAAGAAGAAUAUAAAGAGAGAAAGAACAAACUACAGCAGGCAAAAGAAGAGUUCAGGAAAUUACUUGAAGAGUCUAAAAUUACAUCCAAGUCAACUUUCAAAGAGUUCUCAGAGAAGUAUGGGCGAGACCCACGCUUCAAACGUGUUCCCAAGCAGAAGGACCAGGAGCUGCUUUUCUCCCAGUUUGUCAGCGGGCUAAAGAAGCGUGAUAAGGAGAACCGACUGAGGCUGAGGAAGAUGAGAUGAAACCUCAUCAGGCUUUGAAAUAAACUAUUUUGUUUUUACAGAAUGCCUUCAAUCAAGUCAAAUCAAGAAUCAAGUCAAAAUUGCAUAUUGACACAAUAUUCCACUGCGUCUGACUAAGUAACUGAAACCUAUUGCAGCGCCUGCGGUUCUCAUUGAACUCUGAAUUUUCGGAACAACAAACGCACAAACGGUAGAGCACCAGAGCCAGGCUGGUUCGACUUUAGAGGUAGUUCAACUCGGAGACUGAUACGUUUCAUAUUGAAGCUCUUAAAAUUAAAUGUUGCAAGAUGUCACAAUAAAAAAAACUGUGUAAAAAUUAUUUCAACAAUAGGCAAACUGUACUGUUGAAAGCCAUUGACUUUUUGCGCAUACAGGUAUUAAGGGUUUUUUUAAGACUGUAAAUACAUGUUGACAAAUGUGCGCUGUAAUGAAUUUUUGUGAAAGUGUAAUGUGAAGUGUGUGAAGUGUCACAGAAGAAUGUCUGAUUCUCCACAGCAUCUGUGAGAGUCACAAAGUUGUAAUGUUUUGGUGGUUAUUUUUCAAAUUGUCUAAAGUGUCUAUUGUGAUUAAAUUGUGAGCCAGAAAUGAUAUAAUUGGCAUUUAUUUAAAUCAAUCACCUGUUUUGAAAUUUGCCCUAAUAUCUGA